AUGUCACAGAGCCGUGCAGGGACGUCGCCUGGGAACACCUGGGAGAGAACCUUGCGGACCGGCCUCCCACGAGGCAGCGGGACGGUCCGCAGGGGACGCCCUGGGAGGGCGAGCGUGGGAAGAGGGUGGGUGGCCGGCCCCAUGAUCUGCCAGCGGGCAGCCAGCGUGGCCAGACUGGCUGGAAGAGGCAGCUGCCGAGCAGCCCUGGCCGCCGCAGCCCACAUCCUUGGGGCCCGGCGGGGCUACUAUACCUCCCAGGGGGUCCCGUUGCUGCAGCAGCAGCUGCGGGACCUGUCGCUGCACGAGUACCUGAGCAUGAAGCUCCUGAGGGAAGCCGGGGUGUCGGUGCCCUUUGGGUUGGUCGCCCGGACUCCAGAGGAGGCGUUCAAGGUGGCAAGGGAGAUCGGCACCAACGACCUGGUGGUGAAGGCCCAGGUGCUGACGGGGGGCCGGGAAAAGGGCAUCUUCGAGGGGGGCCUGAAAGGGGGAGUGCAGAUCGUGUAUUCCCCGGAGGAAGCCCAGGAGGUGGCAUCCGGAAUGAUCGGGAGACGGCUCUUCACCAGGCAGACGGGGGAAAAGGGCCGCAUCUGCAACCAGGUCCUGGUCUGUGAGCGCAGGUACCUCCGGCGGGAGAGCUACUUCGCCAUCGCCAUGGAGAGGCCGUUCCAGGGCCCGGUGCUCAUCGGCAGCUCCCGGGGCGGCGUCCGCAUCGAGGACGUGGCCGCCGAGGAGCCCGAGGCGAUCGCGAAGGAGCCGGUGGACAUCGUGGACGGCAUCCAGGAGGAGCAGGCCCUGGGGCUGGCCCGGAAAAUGGGGUUCCCCGCGAAGGUGGCGCGCGACGCAGCUGCCAACAUGAUUAAGCUCUACAACUUCUUCAUCGAGCACGACGCCAUCUUGGUGGAGAUCAACCCCAUGGCCGAGGAUUCCACGGGGGCGGUGAUGUGCAUGGACGCAAAGAUCAUUUUCGACAGCAAUUCGGCCUUUCGCCAGAAGCGGCUCUUCGAACUGCAGGACUGGAGCCAGGAGGACGAGCAGGACCGGCAGGCGGCCCGGGCCGAGCUCAACUACAUCGCGCUGGACGGCAACAUCGGCUGCCUGGUCAACGGGGCCGGCCUGGCCAUGGCCACCAUGGACAUCAUCCAGCUCCACGGGGGCACGCCGGCCAACUACCUGAACGUCGGGGGCGGCGCCACGGUGGAGCAGGUGACAGAGGCCUUCCGGCUGAUCACGUCGAACGAGAGCGUCCAGGCCAUCCUGGUGAACAUCUUUGGGGGACUGAUGAGGUGCGACGUCAUCGCGCACGGCAUCAUCAUGUCCGCAACGGAUCUGGAGCUGCGGAUCCCCGUGGUGGUGCGGCUGCAGGGGACCCGAGUGGAGGACGCCAAGCGGCUGAUCGCCGAGAGUGGCCUGAGGAUCCUCCCCUGCGACGACUUGGACAAGGCGGCCAAGAUGGCCGUGAAGCUCUCCGAAAUAAUGACCCUGGCCAAGGAAGCCCAGCUGGACGUGAAGUUCCAGCUGCCCCCCUGAUCCUGCGGCCCCGGCUCAGCUGCCCACCAAGUCCCACAGCCCCAAGACACGCUCCAGGGCCCCGCCCCGCCCCCGGGUCCCUGCUGGGGGGCCCCACUGUGGGGCAAGCGCUCACGGCCCCCCCCAUGCGCCGAACCGCACGGCUCUCCCCUCGCCUGCACUGCGAGGCCGCGACUGCCUCACCAGGCACCGGCCACGCCGAGGAGGCUGCCCCUGAGAGGCUGGGCGGCCAGGGAGCCUUUGGGACACGAUUCCCCCAAAUAAACCUCCGGCCUUCACUGGGGUGGCGACCUUGUCUCCACGGCUGUUCUGAUUCAGUGGUCUUCCUACACAACUCAGUAUUCAAAGGACUCCCUGAAUGGCUCACACACCAACUAUUGAAACGGGCUAAAAUACAAUUGUCAGAACAAGUCCAGAUACUCCAAUCCCAAAAACCUGGAGCUGCACAGGGACUGUUUUUAAACAGGGCGACUGUGGGCAUGUGCUCAUGACACGUGAAAGGAUGAGAGUUGAUUGGUUAAUACUAGUUAUUAAUUUUAUUAAUAAUACCACUACCAGUACUAAUAAACAAUUCUUAAAACAGCAA